GUUGAAUAAUUAAUAGCACGAAGUCUACCACAUCCACAUCGCCGCUGGCCGCUCGCCGCUGACGAUGUUGUCUCUUCCGAUCUCCGGCGGCCCUCCGUUCACCAGCUACGUUUCUUCCGCAUCCAGAGCAUCCCGCAGCCGGAUUUUGCAAAGCAGACAACAGGCAAAUAUGGUACUGUGGAUAAGCAAAAAACAAAGGUUACUGGCUUUUGUAAAUGCAAAUACAUCACAGGGAAAAGGAAGUUUUGAUGAUCCGGUCAUAAUGGUUGAUCCUGUAGAAGCCAAACGAUUAGCAGCAAAACAGAUGCAAGAAAUCAAAGCCAAAGAAAAACUCAAAAGACGCCGCCAAGCUGAAGCAAUAAAUGGGACACUCGCGAUGAUCGGCCUCACGGCAGGGUUGGUUAUUGAAGGACAGACCGGAAAAGGGUUACUGGGCCAGCUUGCUGGAUACUUGGCGGCCUUCAUAAGCUUGUUCAUUCAAUAGCAUUAUUUGCCAAACUCAGAUUCGCAGAAAACAGCAAGGCUCUUACUUUCUUGACUUGCAAGUGAAUUGAUGGAACUUUAAAGAGGAUGUUAAAGCUUGUUUUCUUUUGGAAUAGCAAGUGAGCCAAUGUAACACUCAAGGAGAACAUGAAAUUGGUGUUCACCGAGAGUUCUCGGGCAGGCUAACAAUAUUGUAUAAACGCAAAAAAAAAAUACUCUCAGAUACCCGUAUCCAUUAUUCACAUGAUUGAGAAAUUGCUCAUGAA